CCUUCCAUUUUUAAAGACAGUUAUUUUCAUUGACAGAGCGGCCACCAGAGUAUCUGGUCAAUAUAAUGGAUAAUCUGUGAUGAAAUUCAUUUUUCACAGUUGGUGAUGGCGGAUGUUGUCGAAAUCGACACCAUGAAGAAUUACCACAUAGCCUUUGAGAGAAUAGACCCAGAUACGAGCCGUUACCCCUACUGUAUCGUGUGGACACCUAUCCCCGUGCUAUCGUGAGUUCCCGGAGUAAACAUGCAUGUCUACUUUGUUUUGCGCGUGAUCAUAAUGGGGCGAGUUAUUGGUGACAGCUCGGAAACUAACGUUAUCUAGCUGGCUAGCCAGUUGCUAUCUCGGUUAGAAAUGCCGAUAUGUUCCAAAAAAAUUGUCUAAUUUAAAACGGUGACUUUCCUUUUUCGACGGACUCAGUCAGGGACAGUUGACAGCAUAGCCCCGUGGCUAGUUAGCCUUUGCUGGCUUCGUAAAAAGGCACACAGGCUAACUAGGUUACAAUAACGUUAGCUACAUGGCUACAAAAUAAUUAAUCCAACCAGCUGGCUUUGUAUCAAAGUGGCUUGAAACAAUCUAUCGGUUUCAGCGAAGCAAGUCGCUACAUUGUGUCAAAGCCACGAGCUGCUACAGUUGUUCAAAGUGACGUCAUCUUCACACACAGGUUGUAGGCUGCUGUAUCAUUGGCAUUUUGCACAUUAUACGUUUUUAUCAGGCUACCAAAACAAAAUGGGCUAAUUUCUAUGGUUUAGCUGUUUCAAAACAGAAAUGUAUUUCAUGAAAUCACCAGUUAUUUAGUCUACCUGUUAGCUAUAUUUAAAUAUGAUUGUGGUGUAGUGUUGUAGGGAGUGUAUUUUGGAUCAAGGAGGAGACUGAUACAGAAUGUGUACUUAAUGGAACCCUAUUCCCUUUGGCUCUGGUCAAAAUGUGUGCACUAAAGAGAAUAGGGUGCCAUUUGGGGCACACAGACAGUGCUCACCACCUGCUUUUUACCCAACAACUCACCUGCCCCACAUAACAUCUCACUGCUUAGUAUUUAGGUCGGCCCGACUGCACUGCACUCUCUCCAGGAAUCCUGUGAGAUUAAUAUUGGAUCAGGCAUUAUCUAGGAUGCCUCAUCUGUGCUGUGCCUCUCUCUCCUGCACCAUUUCACUGUUGCAAAAGAACAUCCCUUGAAUGCAUAAUAGAAGGGGAUCACUGGUAUAAACCAAUCAUAUGAAUAUGCUCUAGUGGGCUGCCAGAUUUAUGAGCAUUUCUCAAGAGUUCAACAUUCACCUUUUGCUACUAUUUCUGUCAAGUCUACGAAUACAAUUUCAUGCAUACGUUGGAUAAAUCCAACGUAUGCACCACACACAACGCACUGCAACUGCCUCAGCAACGCAAUGCUGCAAGGCAAACGCAGCGUUUCAUUUGAAAUGAAUGUACUUCUGGUGUACUAAAAUGCAUUGACGCUGUCGGUCUGAUUGAGGCAUUAGGGUUAGUGGCCGAUACACUGCCCUGUCUGUUAAUUUAAUCAGUUGGGCUUUAUCCCACCUUGGAACUGGAGAGAACCUUUGCUUUGAAAGUCAUCCACAGUGAAUACAUUGUUGUGUAAAUCACAAAGAACUCAACAAUUAGUUAUUUGUUUUAUUUUAUUGUGACAGUAAAGCAGACUAUUAUUUGACCUUUUAAUGUCUAUUUAAAUCAUAUUAUUCGUCUUAUUCAGAUGGCUGCUACCAUUCAUUGGACACAUGGGAAUCUGCACCUCUUCUGGUGUCAUCCGGGACUUUGCUGGGCCCUACUUUGUCUCUGUGAGUACUUCUGUUCUACCUCUCCUCUCUUCUUCUGUUCUUUCUUUCCUCUUGUGUUCUUCCUCUCUUAUGUUUUUUUUUCUCUCUACCCUCUUUUUCUUUUCUUUCUCUGAAGCGGCUGAAGGAAAUUGACCCAGAUAAUUUGGUUGAAAUCCUGAUGGGACUAGACACACUACACACACUAGCAUAGAUUUAGGGCCCAUUUCCCGGACCCAGAUUAAGCCUACUCCUGUAGAUUAAUCUUGGUCGGGGGGAAACCGCCCGUCACUGUUCCAGGAUGUUGAGCUUCGUCUGUAAUACUUGUUAUACCCAGACCUCAUAAGAGUUGGUGAACAGAUUUGGGAACAGGCAAGUAUAAAUCGGAAGAACUGGCUUUAAACCACAUUGAAAUAUCUCUCGGCUGCCUGUAGUGAACUAUAGAUUUAUAUACAGUGCAUUCGGAAAGUAUUCAGACCCCUUUACUUUUUCCACAUUUUGUUACGUUACAGCCUUAUUCUAAAAUUGAUUAAAUACACAUUUUCCUCAUCAAUCUACACACAAUACCCCAUAAUGACAAAGCUAAAACAGCUUCAUAGAAUCUUUUGCAAAUGUAUUCAAAAUAAGAAACAGAAAUACCUUAUUUACAUAAGUAUUCAGACCCUUUGCUCUGAGACUCAAAAUUGAGCUCAGGUGCGUCCUGUUUAGAGCUGUCCCCGAAAGUCGUCUGUCCAAUUGGUCAACAUUUUUAAACUGUUUAUUUUUCUCCAUAUAUAGACACACCCUAUAAGUUUUAAUAAAAUUAACUGCAGAGAAGAAUGGGAGAAACUCCCCAAAUACAGGUGUGCCAAGCUUGUAGCAUCAUACCCAAGAAGAUUCUAGACUGUAAUCGCUGCCAAAGGUACUUCAACAAAGUACUGAGUAAAGGGACUCGACUGGGGACUAGGUUUCAAGAGUAGGUGUGUGUGUGUGUUUGCUCACUAUUACAUUGGCCUGCCUGGGAGAACUUGUCAGGGACAUAUAAGUCCCUUCAGGGAUCAAUAGAGAGUUCAAUAUGGUCUGUUAACUCUCUGAAGCUCCCCUAUAAGCACACUGUGUUGGCCCCAAAAAGAAAAUCCAUUCUUUGGGAUUGCUAAAUUGAAAAAAAGUAUCUAUACCCAUAGGAUUACCCUGGUCUGUACAGGGAUAAGAACUAGAGACCAAACCCCUCCCCCUCCACUUUCUCCAGCGUGAGCUUUUCUAAAUGUUAGUGUAAUAUUUGUUGUAGCUCGGGGAUGGGUACAUGGCGGCUGCGGCCCCCCUUUGUAGGCCCGCUGAUCAAUUUCCAAAAGCGGGGUUGGGGGGUGGGGGGACUCAGUCGGGGUCUCAACUUACUGUUGAGCAUUAGAAUAGUAGAAUGCUAUAGUUGUGCAUCAGCAGUUUUUAUCUUGCUAUGUCAGUCACUGACAGUCACUCAAUUAGCCAUGUCAGCGAAAAACAUUUUUCUAGCCAGCUAUCUAAACUUGUAGUAAUCAGGAUCGAAUUACCGACUGGGUGGCCCCAUUGAUUCACUUAGGGUCCCCAAAAGUCUAGGGCCGGCUCUGACUGCAUGUGUGGGUAUGCAGACCAGCUAGCCACUGCGGUCACUCAGUGGAGGCUGCUGAGGGGAGGAUGGCUCAUAAUAAUGGCUGGAAAGGAGUAUAAUGGCUGGAAUGGAUUGAAUGGAAUGGUAUCAAACGCAUGAAAACCAUGUUUGAUACCAUUCCAUUCACUCUAUUCCGGCCUCCACUGAUGAGUUCAGAUUUUGUGGCCCCCACCCCAGUCAAGGUUGCCCAUCCCUGUUCUAGCUAGACAACUUGCUCUCUUUGUGGUGUUUGGAAGAUCCCAGCUGUAAGCUUUGUAACUGUUCACUAGUUUUAAUGGCCUCAGUGGGAAUUCCAUGAUCUGAUACACCUCUACCCCCUGUCCAUGUUUUGUAUUCCACUCCCAGCCAGCCUGGUUGGCAGAAUCAUAAUAAAAUAGGUUUAUAAACACAGAGAUCCUAUAUGUAAUUAUAUGUUUCUAACACUCAAGGGUCUUUCAUGGUUAAAUAAAUAAAAUACAAAUAAAUUAGGACAGUAAGUGAAACUGCCCCAGGGGACAAUUAGUGGGGUAAACUGUAACACGCACACACACCAAUGCCAGGCUAGCACCUCCUCUGCUUCCUGUAGCACUUCAACACCUUAUAUGGUUUGUUGUUGAUAUCUACUGAAUUUAUUAACAUUAAGAUACCCCAAAAAGUGUGCUUUAGGGUGAUUUAACAUUUGUUUUUGCAUCAUUCAUUAGGCUUGAUAUAAUGAACGCAUUGCCAUUUAUAUUGCAUAUUAUUUUCUUUGUGUUUUAUUGCAGGAAGACAACAUGGCCUUUGGGAGACCAACAAAGUAAGUAAAUGGAAUGUUUUUACAUUUACAUUUUAGUCAUUUAGCAGACGCUCUUAUCCAGAGCGACUUACAGUUAGUGAGUGCAUACAUUUUCAUACUGGCCCCCCCGUGGGAAACGAACCCACAACCCUGGCGUUGCAAGCGCCAUACUCUACCAACUGAGCUACAGGGGACUGUGUUUUGAUUCUUAUCCUGAUGACUGAAAUAUUUAUUAUCCUCUUCAUGGUCAAAUCAGUAGAGGGAUAUUAAAACCUCAGCAUCUUUUCUCAACAUACAGUGGGGUCUGACAUUAUUGACAGCCUUGAUAAAGAUGAGCAAUAAUGACUGUAUAAAAUAAAUCAUUCAUACUGGGCUAUAUUGUAUGCAACAACAACAAAAAAACGUGAAAUUCUAUUAUUUUAUACUAAUACAAUUAGGAUAAUCCUGAAUGAAUCGUGAAUUAUGAUCAGUGAGAAAGUUACAGAUAGUCAAAGAUCAUACCCCGAAGACAUGCUAACCUCCCCUGUUAUUGUAAUGGUGAGAGGUUAGCAUGUCUUGGGGGUAUGAUCUUUGAACCUCUAACUUUCUCAUGAUUACUCACGAUUCUUUCAGAAUUAUCCGUAAUCAUGGUAGCAUCCACAUUUAAUGUAAAUCAAAUCUAAAUUGAUUUGUCACGUGCGCCGAAUACAACAGGUGUAGACCUUACCGUGAAAUGCUUACUUACAAGCCCUUAACCAACAAUGCAGUUUUAAGAAAAAUAAGAGUUAGAAAAGAUUUACUAAAUAAACUAAAGUAAAAAAUAAAAGAGCAACAAUAAAAUAACGAGGCUAUAUACAGGGGAUACCGGUUAGUCGAGAUAAUAUAGGUAAUAUGUACAUGUAGGUAGGGGUAAAGUGACUAUGCAUAGAUAAUAAACAGCGAGUAGCAGCAGCUUUAAAAAGUGGGGGGUCAAUGCAAAUAGCCAUUUGAUUAGCUGUUCAGCAGUCUUAUGGCUUGGGGGUUGAAGCUGUUAAGAAGCCUUUUGGACCAAGACUUGGUGCUCCGGUACUGCUUGCCGUGCUGUAGCAGAGAGAACAGUCUAUGACUAGGGUGGCUGUAGUCUUUGGCAAUUUUUAGGACCUUCCUCUGACACCGCCUGGUAUAGAGGUCCUGGAUGGCAGGAAGCUUGGCCCCAGUGAUGUACUGGGCCGUACGCACUACCCUCUGUAGCGUCUUGCGGUCGGAGGCCGAGCAGUUGCCGUACCAGGCGGUGAUGUAAGUCGCUCUGGAUAAGAGCGUCUGCUAAAUGACUAAAAAUGUAAAAAUGUAAAUGAUGCAACCAGUCAGGAUGCUCUCGAUGGUGCAGCUGUAGAACGUUUUGAGGAUCUGAGGACCCAUGCCAAAUCUUCUCAGUCUCCUGAGGGGGAAAAGGUGUUGUCAUGCCUUCUUCACGACAGUCUUGUUGUGUUUGGACCAUGACAGUUUGUUGGUGAUGUGAACACCAAGGAACUUGAAGCUCUCAACCUGCUCCACUACAGCCCUGUCGAUGAGAAUGGGGGCGUGCUCGGCCCGCCUUUUCCUGUAGUCCAAGAUCAUCUCCUUUGUCUUGAUCACGUUGAGGGAGAGGUUGUUAUCCUGGCACCACACUGCCAGGUCUCUGACCUACUCCCUAUAGGCUUUCUCAUCGUUGUCGGUGAUCAGGCCUACCACUGUUGUGUCGUUGGCAAACUUAAUGAUGGUGUUUGAGUCGUGCUUGGCCACGCAGUCAUGUUGAACAGGGAGUACAUGAGGGGACUAAGCACGCACCCCUGAGGUGCCCCUGUGUUGAGGAUCAGCGUGGCAGAUGUGUUGUUACCUACCCUUACCACCUGGGGGCGGCCCGUCAGGAAGUCCAGGAUCCAGUUGCAGAGGGAGGUGUUUAGUCCCAGGGUCCAUAGCUUAGUGAUGAGCUUUGAGGGCACUAUGGUGUUGAACGCUGAGCUGUAGUCAAUGAACAGCAUUCUCACAUAGGUGUUCCUUUUGUCCAGGUGGGAAAAGGCAGAAGAAAUGUUUAGAAACAUAUUCUGUUCUUAUUUACAAUAAAAGUGACUCUAAAAUGACACAAUACAUUAUUUACCAUUAAUUUCUAUUGGGCACAAAAUAAUCUGCAAAUGCAUCCAACAAGUUUGUAGAGUCACACGCUUGAUGUAGUCAUUGCAUGUUAACAAUAUGGGACCGAAUCCUAAACUUUUGAUACUUUAUUUAUUUUUUGUGUUUUUAUUACUAGUUGAAUAAACAAUUAUUUCUCAGAGCAAUUGUACUAGUAUACAAUAAUAUAAUUAUUUUUUACAAUUUUUAUAAUAUACACAGAGUGUACAAAACAUUAGGAACACCUUCCUAAUAUUUAGUUGCACCCCCCCUCUUUUGCCCUCAGAACAGCCUCAAUUAGUCGGGGCAUAGACUCUACAAGGUGUCAAAAGCGUUCCACAGGGAUGCUGGCCCAUGUUCACUCCAAUGCUUCCCACAGUUGUCAAGUUGGCUGGAUGUCGUUUGGGUGGUGGACCAUUCUUGAUACACACAGGAAACUGUUGAGUGUGAAACUCAGCAGCAUUGUAGUUCUUGACACACUCAAACCGGUGCGCCUGGCACCUACUACCAUACCCCGUUCAAAGGCACUUAAAUAUUUAUUAGUUCCCAUUCACCCUCUGAAUGGCACGUAUACACAAUCCAUGUCUCAAGGGUUAAAAAUAAUUUGUUAACCUGUCUCCCCUUCAUCUACACUGAUUUUAAAGUGGAUUUAACAAGUGACAUCAGUAAGGCAUCAUAGCUUUCACCUGGAUUCACCUGGUCAGUCUGUCAUGAAAAGAGCAGGUGUUCAUAAUGUUUUGUUUUGUCAUUAUUGCUCAUCUUUAUCAAGGUGUCAAUCAUUUCGGACCCCACUGUAUCUAGAAUUAAAGCAUUUGUGCAUUAUUUAUUAUUUAAAUGCAAUUCUGAGAGAGAAUAUUGGUGCAGAGCAGUUAGCUUGGACCCAGAUCUAUUUGUGCAGUAUACCCAACUCAAGACAGCACAAACAGAUCUGGGACCAGGCUACAGAGUAGUAACUUUAGUUUCUAUGUAUUUGAAGGUACUGGAUGCUGGACGUAGCCAAGGUGUAUGCUAGUGGCUCCAACGCCUGGGACACAGCAGUGCGUGACGCCUCAGAGGAGUACAAAAACAGAAUGGUAAGGAAAUGUGGUGGGAUUCUAGGUAUCAUAGAUGCCAUCUCCUGCUGUUGUGCAGGAGUGCUUAACCCCUAAACUGUUCCAGGGGUGCCGUUGAUUAUACUUCUCUCUCUCUCCAGCACAACCUCUGCUGUGACAACUGUCACUCCCAUGUGGCCAUGGCUCUGAACCUGAUGCGUUACGAGAAUAAGACCUCGUGGAACAUGAUCAAUCUCUGUCUGCUCUCCCUAGUCCACGGCAAACAUGUCAGGUACUGAGAUACUGCUGCAAAAUAGUUCCGGUCAAAAGAAUCUCCUGCAUUUGCAUUGAUGUUAAGAAUUACCACAGUGUGACUGAACUUUUUUAGAGCCAGAACUGUAUCUUACUUAUGCUCCACAAAGCCAUGCGAGGUAGGGCUGGAUAAUGGGUAUGUGUACUCUCUGGGUCCCAGGGCCAGGCUGGAUCUUAGAGGUUGCCAUGGCGACCACCUGAGCCUCUGUGUAAUUGAUUACAUGCGUGCGAUCUCAAGCGUGUGCUGUCAAGACACUCUCUUAUCUCUCUCCUUCCCCUUUUCUUUGCUCCCCGUCUGUAUUGCCCACUCUCUUUGCCCUCCCCUCUCUGUCUCUCUGUGUUUCCCCUUUCCAGCUGUGCAGGGUUCCUGAAGACCUGGCUUCCCUUCCUCAUGUUGCUGGGUAUUAUCCUGACUGUGGCUCUGACCAUUAACCUGCGGUGA